UGACGUCAUCAGUUUAUGUGUAUUUCACAUGUUUUGUGAUGUAGUUCACAUAACAUUGUAGGUUGCGGAGUUUUUGUCAACCUUAAAGAAAAAGGUAUAAGACUUAUAAAGAUGAAUCUUUGCAUGAGAAGAAGGGUGUCUUUGAAAAGACUGCAUUCCCAGCUGACAUUGUUUACAAGGAGGCUUUGUGACAAGUCGUCAGAGAAUCAAACCUCCAAGCAAAAGAAUGAAAUAGGUGAACAGCAAGAGAGAGAAUAUAUACCACCUGGAGGGGAAGCAAGAAAUGUGACAGACAUUUUGUUGGAGGAUAUAAAGCCAAUAUUUCAAAGGCAGACAAGUACUACAGAACUUCCGAUACCUCGCCACACAGAUAUUGUCAUAAUGGGAGGUGGAUUGGUCGGAGCCGCUGUGGCGUAUUUCCUUUCCAGUCAGUCGUCAAAACUGUACAAUGUUACAGUCAUAGAGAGGGAUUAUUCUUAUACAAGGGCCUCAUCGAUGCUGUCCUGUGGUGGGAUUAGACACCAGUUUUCAAUACCUGAAAAUGUACAAAUGUCCAUGUUUACCUCAGAUUUUCUCAAGCACUACAAGGAACACCUCAGUGUUUAUGAUCAGGACCCACCUGAGGUGUGUUUUCAUCACCAAGGUUACCUGUUUCUGGCUCCUGGAGACAGAGUGGAGUUCUUAGAGAGUUGUGUUAAAAUGCAGAGAGAAAAUGGGGCAAAGACAGUUCUACUUUCCAAGUCACAGCUUGCUGAAAAAUAUCCUUGGCUAAAUUUGGAUGGUAUAGAAGCAGGAUCUUUGGGUACCUCUGGUGAAGGCUGGUUUGAUCCCUGGCAGCUGGUUCACUCUCUUAAAGCCAAAAAUAUUACAAAUAAUGUGAAUUAUUGCGAGGGAAAUAUUGUAAAUAUAAGACAAGAGGUAAUACAAGUGCCUUUGGAAGACGAAACUACUCCACGAACAAGAAUUGUGGGAGUUGAUGUAGACCAUAAGAAUGGGAAAAGAUAUGGCUGUAAUGCAUCACUGUUUGUCAACUGCUCCGGGCCAUGGGCUGGGGAAAUCGCAACAAUGGCAGGUGUAGGAACUGGGGAGGUUGGUAAUGAAUUGCCACUGCCUGUUGAACCAAGAAAGAGAUAUGUGUAUACCAUACAUUGCCCAGAUGGCCCGAUGCUGGAUGCACCUUUCCUUGUUGAUACGUCAGGGGUGUAUUUUCGUAGGGAGGGGCUUGGAGGACAUUACAUAUGCGGGGCAUCCCCUACAGAGGAUAGUGAGCCUGACGUAAAUGACCUUUCUGUCGACUACGAGUUCUUCACUGAUUUCGUCUGGCCAGCAUUGGCGCAUAGAGUUCCAGCAUUCAAUAAUUCUAAGUUGAAGGCGGCUUGGGCCGGUUACUACGACUACAACACUGUAGAUCAGAACCUCAUCAUCGGUCCCCACCCGUACCACACAAAUUUGAUCUUUGCCAACGGGAUGUCCGGUCACGGUGUGCAGCAGGCGUUGGCCAUAGGACGCGGUAUCUACGAACUCAUUUAUUACGAUGAAUACAAAACUAUCGAUUUGACAAGGUUUCAAUUUGAACGAUUUAUAAAUGAGACACCGAUCCGAGAAUAUGCAAUUGUAUAGACUGUUUCAAUUUACCAACGAAUCAUUUUCAACGGCGUAGAAUGGCUUAAAAAGGAUGAGAUUACAUGCAAUUUUAAUGAUUAAUGAUUGUGAGCAACCAAUAAGUGCUUCGGCUUGGAUUUGUUGUUUUGUUCAGAUACAUAUAAUUUUGUUCAUUGAUUAUCAUGAAAUUUGGCCACAAUACAAAUAUUCUUAUACAGCCAGUUCCACUUCAAUGAAUAACAGUCAUCUUGGUUAAUAAUUAUAUGAUAACCUUAGUGCAGUAACAGGUUAAAUAAUGAAAUUACAUAAGAAAGUAACCUGGUACAUGUACUGCACUAAUGUGACAAUUUAUGUGUAAAAAAUAUUCGAAAACAUGUAAACCCUUUAAGCCUUGCUUGCAGUGUCUCAGGAAAAAUGAAAAAAAAAUGAAUUGGGUGAUACUCCAAUGAAAAUUGAUGUUACAAACAUGGGUAAUUGUAAAUUUAUCUAACUAUAUGUUUUAAGAUCAAAGAUUGGAGGAAUCUGAAUACUCUUUGAUUAUCUUUACCAUUCACCUUUGCUAUGUAAAGUAAGAAUAGUUUUGUUUGUUUGUCAAUGAAUUGUUUGAUAAAGAAGUACCUCGAUUUUUAGCAACGAGGUACAAUCAAUUGUGCAACAGUUUAACAGUAUGUUGCAAUGCAGCAUUACCUAAUAUGUACAAAGUCGAAAUAUGAUAUUUUCUAAAUUUGAUCAAAAUAUACAAUAACGUAUUUCAACAAUGCACAGAAACCAUGUCAUUCUUUUUAUAUUUUGAUAAGGAGUUAAGUGUGUAAUGCACAUUAACCUUUUAAACAUAUUCAAAUGAAAGUGUUAAGUAUUUUUUCCAUUUUUAAAAAUUGCACUAUGUUUUGCAUUACGAAUUAAAUGCAUUACAUUAUAUUGUAAUGUGGGGUCGACCAUAUCAUUAUUAUACCUUGGGUUAACACUGUACACCAAAGCGCCUCUGUGGUCAAAUGGUUAUGGUCAGCAGAUUCAAAUCACUUGCCCCUCACUAUUAUUGGUUUGAAUCCUGUCAGCGAUUCUAGUUUCUUUCAUGUGAGGAAGCAAUCCAGCCAACUUAUAGAAGAUCUAUGGUUUUACCCAGAUGCCUGGUUGCGCCUGAAUGGGCAUCUGAUUUGUUCCUGCAUUAUUAAAGCUGGAAAGUGGCCAUAUGGGCUUUACAGAGUUAAUGAGAUCUCAAACCCAACCAAAAUCAAAGAACACUAUAAUCUGCUCUUAGUGAAGAAUUAAUGUUAUUAUCUUUCAUGAACAUGUAAUACAAUUACCGUAUUUAACUUCUAAAUGAAAAUGUUAAUAUAAUGUUAACUUGCAUUUACCAGUUGAGCAUUAGGUUUAUAUACAUAAGAUUCAUUAUUAAGUUAUAACAUCUUAAGCAUUUCACAUGCUUUAUUUGAUGAUUUGCUUUAUUGUAAUAUGUCUUUCAUUCUAUCAUUUUGCCAAAAUAUUUUUGAAAUCGAGAUCUGGGGCAUCCUUGGCCACAUCUUACAGCUGUACGUUUAAAUCCUGACGGGGAAUUUGGAUUCUUUCAUGUGAUCAAGCUAUCCAGCUAGCUAAAGGACCUUCGUUGGCUCUACUCAGGUGCCCACUCAUGCCUGAAAUAAAUCAGAGAGGGUCACCUGAGGUGUUCCUCCACCAGUUAAGUAGCCACAUGGCCUUUACUGUAUUGGUGCUACAAAAAGCCAAACAACAAAAAGAAAAAGAAAGGGAGUCUUGUCUGUUCAUGAAAGGUAGUAAAACUAAAAGUGCAGUAUCCCUUAUGUCCCGUAGUAACAGCUUGAGCAGCAUACAAACUUAAACACUAAGAAAUUUGUAGCAUUGAUCCUUAAGAACCAUUGAUCCUGAAGAACUAAUCCAAAAGAUAAUAUAUACACUUGAGAUAGAAUUACUUGGACAUUUAUUACAACAGCCAUCUAGCACUCGUCAUCUGUUGUUGUGAAUAUAGGGGAACUUCAGUCUGUGAGUGAUUUUGAUUGUUAAAUUGUUUUUGAGAUUUAUUUUAUGAUAUCAAGAAUUGUUAUGUUGUUUAUGUGUCUGUUGUAAUUAUGUGGUGUCAUUUAUGUCAAUAUUAUUUGGUAAAAAAGAAAUGAUUAUCAUAGUCUAAUUAAAUUCAGCUCCUAAAUAACACUAGACUUUUAAGAUCUGAUGGUCAAAUUGGAGGUCAAAUUCUCGUUACCUUUCAAUGAGGCAACCUGAGUUGUCAUUUUCUUGAAAGUGGAUGAGUUUUAAUUGUAAAUUAAGAAGAUCGUAACUUUUUGUGCGCCAUGUUAGUGGCGCGCAUUUAGAUUUACCCUUGUCCGUCCUUCCGUCCUUACACUUUUGUUUCGCACGUAACUCAAAAAGUAUUUGACCUAGAGUCAUGAAUCUUUACAGGAAUGUUGAUCAGCAUGUGUAGUUGUGCACCUGGGUAUUUUCAUCUGGAUAUUUUUAGUAUUUUCAGAGUUAUUGCCCUUGACUUAGUAAAAUUUUGCAAUUUUCAACUUGUGUCGCAUGUAACUCAAAAAGUGUUUGACCUAGAGUCAUGAAACUUUACAGGAAUGUUGAUCAGUAUGUGUUGUUGUCCACCUGGGUAUUUUCAUAUGGAUAUUUUUAGUAUUUUCAGUGUUAUUGCCCUUGACUUAGUAAAAUUUUGCAAUUUUCAACUUGUGUCGCAUGUGACUCAAAAGGUAUUUGACCUAGAGUCAUGAAACUUUACAGGAAUGUUUAUCAGCAUGUGUAGUUGUGCACCUGGGUAUUUUCAUCUGGAUAUUUUUAGUAUUUUCAGAGUUAUUGCCCUUGACUUAGUAAAAUUGUGCAAUUUUCAACUUGUGUCGCAUGUAACUCAAAAAGUAUUUGACCUAGAGUCAUGAAACUUUACAGGAAUGUUGAUCAGCAUGUGUAGUUGUGCACCUGGGUAUUUUCGUGUGGAUAUAUUUAGUAUUUUUAGUGUUAUUUCCCUUGACUUAGUAAAAUUUUGCAAUUUUCAACUUGUGUCGCUUGUAACUCAAAAAGUAUUUGACCUAGAGCCUUGAAAAGGAUUUGACAUAGUCAUUAAACCUUAUGUGCAGGUUGCUCAGCAUAUUUAGAUUUGCACCUGGGGUUUCGCUUGUGGAUUUAUCAAGUAUUUGUAGAGUUAUUUCCCUUGACUUAGUAAAAAGAUUGACAGAACAGUGGCGCAGUGGGGGCAUCCGUGUCCUAUGGACACAUUUCUAGUUUCAGAUUGUGAUCAUCAUAUUUUAAUGCUUGAGACUAAAAAAAGUGUUGGAGCACCACACUUUAUACAUCUACCUUAUUUUGGUAUGUAACGAACAAGGUGCUAAAUGAAUGUUUGAAUGCUAAAAUUUCACCUUUUCACCCGCCGAAAUGCUUUUUAAGACAUCCUACUCAUCUGUUCAAUUUACAUUGUAUAUGCCAUGUAUGCAGUAAUGAAUGAAAAUUGAAAGAUUUGGCAAUAAAAUUGAUAUUUGUCUAUUUUGUGAUCAUGAUUUCUGCAAGCCUUUAAAGGUACUGCUCCAACACUGUAGUGAGUUUAACUUAGUUAAAUCCUAUUUUAAUAUAUCAUAUUUGUUUCUGUUAUCAAUUUGUUUUCUAGUAUAUUUAGUUAAUGUUUGUUAGUUAGCACUAAUAAAAUUAAUUGCCAGGUGCUCAGACACAGCAAAGCCACACAACAGGGUUGAGUUAUGAUUAGGCCACACAACAGAUUUAGUUGAAUUAAUGCUGACUCAACAAACAUUUGUCUACAAAUUAAGUGGUUAAAAUUUUGUUUUGAAUCUGAAUACACUGUGAAUGUAGUAUUCUGAUUGAACAGGAUAAUAUUUAAUUACUAGUUAAUACUGAUGAAAUCAAUAAGAUAUACCAAUGAAUUUUGAAGAAAAUGAAAAUGGAAACAAAAUAUGAUAUCAACCACUUGUAAGUUUUUAUUGAAGAAUAAACUAAAUUAUAUAGUGGUUUCAAUGUUUUUUUUGCCAUAACUAUUACUGUGUUAAAAUUUUACCAUAGUCUGUAAAGAUAUGAUAUUACACUGCAGGCCUGUUAUAACUCUCAUGGCAGAUACACUUAUUAAAGGUCAUGUUUAAACUUUAUUUUUUACUUUCCAAUCAUUGAAUAUUAUCAUAUUUGUUUCUGUUUUUGUGUCGUAUCUACAGAGUAAUGGCGACAUAUAUGGAUCACUUCUCUGUUGUCCGUCCGGCUAUCUGUCUGUCUGUUCAUCAUAAAACUUGACGGGACUACCUUUCAAAAAUUCCCAGUGCAAUUUGAUCCAAACUUUACAGGAAUGAUCGGUACCAAGUCUACAUUUGCAUGUCUUCGGCAUUUUUUAUGGUUCAAUGAUUGUCAAGUUAUGGCCCUUGAAUGUUUUUCAUUUUUCAAAUUUGUCCGGAUUACUCCUCUUAUACCACUAGUGCAAGUUCAAUGUAGCAUUACAUGAUGGAUUGAUAACUCAAGUACUUAUGCAUAUUACACAGGUUUUGCUGUUGAAUUAUUUUUAACUGAGUUAUGGCCCUUGACUAAAAAAAUGUGUUUUGCUCAGUCAAUAAUUUUUAUGUCUCCUGCUGUACUAUAGGGACAACAUGCAAUUGGCUAUGAUGAGGUGACACGUGAUCAAGGAUUACUCUUGUUAUGGUGAAUGCAUUGUUCAUUCGCCUGACCUUUUAUGUCUUUACUCAUUUAUUAUUUAUUCAGUUUUAUUUAACCUUUAACCGGCUCAUUCUUAAUAUUAGAAUAUCAAGCCUGGUAAAGGUUGAACAGUUGUUAGUAUUUUAUAUAAAAAAAAAUAUUUAAAUGAUCUUGAAUUGCUAUUUUAAGGUAGUUCCUGUUCUAAGAUAAUGUUUUAACCAAGUUAAGGGCAUUCCUGUUAUUUAAAAAUAUGUUAUUGAAAUGUAAUUUUAUAUGAUUAACUCAUAUUAAACAUAUGAUAAACAUAUUAUGCUUGUAGGACAGUGUUUGUUUGAAUUGAUACUAAGUGCUGAACUGUUUUACUCUUUCUUAUGUUUUUGUCAUGCUUUUAUUUGUUAGUAAAGUACAUGUAUCUUAAAUGCCUGGAAGAUUUGUUAUUAUUUUAAAGAGGAAGAUAUAAUAUCUGAGAAUGUCUCUAUAUCUCAGAAAUAUAUAUAUCUCUGUAAUUAAUAAAGCUAAAUAUUUG